GAGACGGCAAGCUGCUCUGGAGAGACUGCCCUGCGUCAGAGGUUCUUUAGCUCCCCUCUUCCCUUUCGAGCCAUCCAUUUGAGAUUUUGGUGCUGGUCGCCUGAUCUUUGUUCUUUAUUUCGCAUUUCAGUAAUCCUUUACGACUUGGAACGACAUCGUCUACCACCUAAUACUUUCUUUUUUCUCUCCCUCACACGAUUUCAACAUCAUGUACUCUACUGCCACCGCUACUGCCUUGCUCGCUUUCGCUGCAGCCGCCGCUCCGGCUUUUGCCUACCCCGCAGGUGGUCCUUCUUACGCCUUUGCCCGCGAUACCACCGCUGUUGACGACCAGUCCGGCGCUUUGAAGCUUAGCGGUCUCUUCGGCGCACUCAACGAUGGACUCAACAUUUUCGACAGCCUCACGAACAACCAAAAGCGAGAGCUUGUGGAUGUCCUUGCUCGUGAUGCCGCCGAUGUCACCACCGAUGACGAUCAAUCUGGCGCGUUCAAGCUCCCUGGUAUCCUUGGUAUCAUCGGCGACGGGUUGAACAUCUUCAACUCCCUGACGGGUAACCAGAAGCGUGAACUCGCUGAUAUCCUCGCUCGUGAUGCCGAUACUGCCAAUGCCGAUGACGACGAAUCCGGUGCUUUCAAGCUCCCAGGCAUUCUCGGUAUUCUCAGCGAUGGUCUCAACAUCUUCAAUUCCCUUACUGGAAACCAGAAGCGCGAGCUAUCCUUGAUCCUCGCUCGUGAACCUUCCUUCGAUAGCAUCGACAUCGUCCCUAACAGCGCCGGAACUCUGGGCACCGCACCUAACGGCAACGGUGACUUUGGCACACUCGGCACUGCACCCAACAGCCAGCAGAAUGUUGCUCGCGAUUUGCAAGAGAACUCCAGCUCUGAUGACCAGUCCGGAGCGUUCAAACUCCCUGGAAUUUUUAACAUCAUCGGUGACGGCCUGAACAUCUUCGACAGCCUCACUAACAACCAAAAGCGGGAGCUCAUUGACGUCCUCGCUCGUGAUGUGGCUACGGACACGGACGAUGAGGAAUCCGGCGCAUUCAAGUUGCCCGGUUUCCUUGGUAUCCUCAGCGAUGGUCUCAACAUUUUUAACAGCCUGACUGGGAACCAGAAGCGGGAGUUGGUAGAAGUGCUUGCUCGAGACGUCGCCGCUGGCGACGAUGAAAAUGAAUCGGGCGCAUUCAAGCUCCCUGGUAUUCUUGGUAUCGUCAGUGAUGGCUUGGACAUCUUCAACAGCCUCACGGGUAACCAGAAGCGGGAGUUGGUCGAGGUGCUCGUUCGGGAUGCAGCUACUGAUGACGAGUCCGGUGCAUUUAAGCUCCCUGGGGUGUUCAAUAUCAUCAGCGAGGGGUUAAACCUCUUCAACUCGCUCACGGGCAAUCAGAAGCGUGAUCUAUCCUUGAAUGAUUUGGACUAAGCUGUUCGUAGAAAAUUUGGCGUCGUCUGUGGGUUAAUCUUGAGGGACGGACUUCAAAUGUUGGAUAAGCUGUUCGUACCAAUUUGUAUACUGUAAUGUGAUUUGGCUUUCAUGGGGGGAGUCUCAACUUUUUUUUGUCGUGUGCCUGGAUCCAGCCUUACUGAGAUAGAGGCUCAGGCCUCAAGUCUCAAUGU